GAAGUCGAGGUCGAGGUCAACAAGUUCUCGUGGAAAAAAGAGGGCCCGAGUUUCUUCAAGUUCUCGGCCUCACCUUUCUAAGCUGCAUGAGAUCAACUUACUUGGAGACGACUUCAAUGAAGUGUUUACUGGGUCCAAGGUACUCGAAGGAGCAAUGCAGAGGAGCUAUGGGUUGAUAAAUACAAGCCCCGUUCACUGGAAGAGCUUGCUGUUCACAAGAAAAAGGUUGAAGAAGUUAAGACGUGGUUAGAGGAAAGGUUGAAACCUUCAAAGGUAAAUCUAGGAAAGGAGCUGUAGGUUUAUGAUCAAUUAGUGUUUUAUAAUUGUUCUUUGUUUUUCAUCCAUUAUAGAAUUUAUAGCCUUGUAGAGAUUGUGGUUCCUGUAACUUGCAAAACAAUUUUUAGACAGAGAUGAAGUAUUGAUAAGGUAAACCACAUAUUGAAUUUUCAAUAUUUUGAGAAUUUUCGGUUUCCUUGCUGAGCAAGAAUUUAUUAGUCAAAUCUUUAGUUGAUAUUUUGUAAUGGUGUGGAAUGUUAGGUGCUUUAUUUUUGUGAUUAGCUUCCCCCACCUCCUUAUUUUGGCAUGCUGUGCAAGCAAUAUCAUUUUAUAAACAAUAGUACUACUAUUCUAAGAAAUAAACAUCCAUUUAUGGCAAAAAAUAGAAUUCAGGAAGUGGAAAGAGAAGUUUAAAAAAUAAAUAUCAAAGGAAAUCCUAACUAGCAAGGGUACGAGUGAGGAAAUUUUUGUACGCAACUUUACCCUUACUUUUUUUGCAAAGAGGCUGUUUUUUGGAUUUGAACUUGUGAUCUUUUGGAUACAAAGUAGCUACUCUACCACUGCUCCAAGCUCGCAAAAAAGGAGAAGAUUCCCUUAGCUGAAAAAAGAGAACAGCAUUAUUUGUUGGCUGUUGGUUAUUUUGAGUCUUCUCUUCUAAUUUCUCCUCUAAAGUGUUCGAUUAGGAGUUUAAAUUUCUGUAGAAAUUCUUCCCCAGUACUAAGUUAUACUGACAUAAGUAACAAUAAAUUGUUCUCUGAUCUUGAUAUAUGUAUUAUGUUGUUUGUAUUCUAUUCACAUUGUGAAUUCCUUUCUUCUUCCCUUUCAUUAUGGCAAUUUUACAGGCUGUCUACAGAAAUAACGUUCUAGUCAUCAGUGGGCAGGCAGGAGUUGGAAAAUCUGCUGCUAUUCAUGUAAUUGCAUCUCACCUGGGAGCGACAGUGUGUGGAUGGAACACACCUACGCCAGUAAUUUGGCAAGAACAUCUUUAUAAUUCUGGCACAGGGACACAAUACACAUCCAAGUUGGAUGAAUUUGAAACUUUUGUUGAGAGAAUACGGAAAUUUGGAUUAAUGCCAACUUCCUUUACUGGGGAAUCAAAGCCAUCUGUCGUACUUUUAAUAGAUGAUCUUCCCAUGAUGAAUGGGAAAGCUGCUUUUGGAAGACUUAAAGAUUGCUUGCACCUUUUGGUGCAUUCAACUCAGAUACCCACAGCAAUAUUGAUCACAGACUACGGUAAUACUGAUUCAGCAGAUUACAAUGCACGGUGCCUGGAAGAACUUAAGCUAUCUCUCGAGAGUUCUGGGGCUUGUAAGGUUGCAUUCAACCCAAUUACACUGAAUUCUAUUAAGAAGAUACUUUUUAGAAUGUGCCAAAUGGAACAGUGUGAUGUCACUGCUGACUAUGUUGAUCUAAUAGCAAAAGCUAGUGGAGGUGACAUCAGACAUGCAAUUACUUCUUUACAGUUUUUCUGUCUGAAACCAAAGCAAGUGCAUUCUUUGUCUCUGCCCACUUACUCUCCCAGUGCAUCAAAAGAGGAAAGUAAUGAACCUGUUAGGUUAGAUGAUGGAUAUUCCUUGCACUUUGGAAGGGAUGAAACACUAUCUUUAUUUCAUGCUUUGGGGAAAUUUCUGCACAAUAAAAGGGAGGCUGAAGCCGCGAUAGAAUAUGACCAAGAUGGCUUUCUUUUACAAGAAAGAUUUUCAAGAUUACCAUUAAAAAUGGAUGUACCAGAGAAGAUUCUUUGUCAAUCCCAUGUACAACCUGGACCAGUUGCUGAUUUUCUACAUGAAAAUGUUCUAGAUUUUUUGAAUGAUGAGGCAAUAGAUGAUGCAUGGACUUUGUCUUCAUAUCUAGGUGAUGCUGACAUUCUUCUUACUAAACUUCGGGGAAUGCUAUCCAGUUAUAACGAGGCAGAGAGUGUUUUACAGUCAGCUGCUGCAUCCAUUGCUGUUCGUGGGGUGCUAUUUGGAAAUUCUCAUCCACUAUCAUCCAGGUGGCAUGCAAUUCGUCGACCAAAACUUUGGGAGGUUGAGAAAGCAUCAUUAUACAAGUAUGAGAUGUUUAGGCCGAGAAUUCCAGCUUGUAAACAGUGGGGUUCUUAUCAAAUGUCAAUUAUGGCCACAGAGUACAUGCCUAUGUUUAAAUUGCUUGGAAAUAGGGCAUAUGGAAGAUAUCAUGAACCCAGUCAGGAAUCAGUGGGGAACUUGGAUAUGGAAGAUUUUGAUUUUGACAAAGUAAGUUUAGAUGACCAAGCAAGGGCCACUUCCGAUGAUGACAUAGAAGAUUGGUAGGUAUGCAACGUGUACUAUGAGGUUGUUCAGCUUGCAGACGGCAUAUAAUUUCUUUUGGACACUUCCCUACUCUUUUUAUCUCCGUUGUUGAUUGAGGCUGAAGCAUUACUUAUAGGGAAUGACAAGUUUUUGCGAGAUGAGUUGUCUGAUGCAUGCUUGAUUACAGGCCAGUUGGAACUGGCAUUAGCAACUCCUGAUGGAAGAUAGGUUUGGGAAACAAGUGCUUAACGAGAAUGUGUCGUUGUAAAUAUCAACUUUGUACAAAACUAUUUUUAUUUCAAAGUUGAAGAAACUCAAUAUGUACAGAAUGGUAAAUGUCACCUGCAAUGUGACAUUUGGAAUGAACUCGGAAGAUUUUGCCAAUCGUGUGUUUAAUA